GGUCUCCCUGACUAGGCUCCUCAGACGGAACCUCUCUUCCUCGAGGCUGUGCCAGGACGGGGUGGGGAGGAGGGCCCCACAGGAUAGGCGGGGCCGCACAGAAACCGUCCAUGAUCAGCCGGGAGCCCAGAUCCCAUGGAGGCCUCGGACUGCAGCUACCAGUUCCGAAUCGCUCUGCUCGGGGACGCGGCGGUGGGCAAGACGUCACUGUUGCGGUGCUACGUGGCGGGCGCUCGCGGGGCGGCGGAGCCCGAGCCCGAACCCACUGUGGGCGUGGAGUUCUACAGCCGUGCUCUGCAGCUGCCCGCCGGGCUGCGGGUCAAGCUGCAGCUCUGGGACACCGCGGGGCACGAGCGCUUCAGGUGCAUCACCAGAUCCUUCUACCGGAACAUGGUGGGCGUCCUAUUGGUCUUUGAUGUGACGAACAGAGAGUCCUUUGAACACAUCCAAGCCUGGCACCAGGAGGUCCUAUCCUCUCAGAGCCCUGGCAAGGUGAUCUUCUUACUGAUUGGCCACAAGUGCGACCUGAGCACCCGAUGUGUCUCCACCCGGGAGGCAGAGGAGCUGGCUGCUUCCAUGGGCAUGGCCUUCAUGGAGACCUCAGCCCAAAGUAACUGCAAUGUGGACUUGGCCUUCGACACUGUCACCACUGCCAUCGAGCAGGCCCUGCGGCAGGGGGACAUCAAGCUGGAAGAAGACUGGACAGGUGUCCGGCUCCUCCACAGAGCCCCAAACCCCAGACCCCCCAGCAGAAAGCAGGACUCGGGCCCAUGCCAGUGCUGACUCUGGGAGAGGAAGGGUUAAAUGGUGCCAGCCUCAGACUCCCCAGUGAGACCGGAGGGCAGAUGACAGACAGUCUGUCUCCUGACAUAUUCCUGCCUUCUAAUUCUUGGCAUUUUUUUCCUCUGUCAGGAUUGAACACAGGGCUUGGCUAGCUACAGAUACCCUCAGCCCUAUUGUCUUUUAUAUUUUCAGAAUGGAUCUUGGGGAGUUGCCCAGGCUCAGCCUCUUGAGUGAUUGAGAUUACAGACGUGUUCCACUAGGCCAGGACCUCUGCUAGGUUUCUAGCUCUCAGCCCAACCCCUUUCUAGAGAAAAAUCUAAGGUCAGGUUUGCAACUCAAUGUCAUGUGUGAUGCGGCAGUACACAAAUGCCUGCAUCCCCAAACUUGGAAGGCAGAGGCAGCAUCAGGGGUUCAAGGACAUUCUCAGCUUCAGAGAGUUCAAGGUCAGCCUGGGCUACAUGAGCAAAA